AUGUCCAAAAUAUUUUUCUCCCUUUUUUUAUUUGUUUCCUUUUUUGCUUUAACAAUUUCCUUUGGAUUUGGCGGUCCAAGAGGCAAUAUCCUUAAAUUACUACCUCCUUUUAUUGGAAAUAUUACUCGAGAACAAAUUAGAGAAUAUAAUGAAAUUGUGGGAAAUAUAACUUCGACAAAGGCGGAAAUUAAAAGUGAAUUGCAGAAUUGGGCACAGAAUAAUGGAAUUUUGGUUGUUAAAAAUUGUUUUGAAUUUUUUUUGAAACUAGUGUUGUUGGCGACCGAUUAUUAA